GCAGCCCGCGCCGGGGGUGGGGGCCCCGCGCAGCCCCCGGCCGGCCGCCCGCACCGCGUCCGCCCUCCUUCCCUCCCUCCCUCCACUGAUCCUGUCCCCCAUUCCCGGAUUAUUAACUCAGCAACCAGAGGCGACUGGAUCUACCGAGUCCUGGCCACCGGGCCCGGGCCGGGGCGCCCGGAGCGCUUGGGGAUCCUGCAAGGUGACCAUGGCCUUGCUGGGGAAGCACUGUGACAUCCCCACCAACGGCUGUGGGUCCGAGCGCUGGAACUCCACCUUCGCCCGCAAGGACGAACUCAUCAACAGUCUGGUGUCCGCCUUAGACUCCAUGUGCUCGGCGCUCUCCAAGCUGAACACGGAGGUGGCCUGCGUGGCAGUACACAAUGAGAGCGUCUUCGUGAUGGGAACUGAGAAGGGAAGGGUGUUUCUGAACACUCGGAAGGAGCUACAGUCAGAUUUCCUCAGGUUCUGCCGGGGACCCCUGUGGAACGAUCCAGAAGCAGGACACCCUAAAAAGGUGCAGCGCUGUGAAGGCGGUGGCCGGAGCCUCCCGCGGUCCUCUCUGGAGCAGUGCUCGGAUGUGUACCUGCUGCAGAAGAUGGUAGAGGAAGUGUUUGAUGUUCUUUAUAGUGAGGCUAUGGGCAGGGCCACCGUGGUACCUUUGCCCUAUGAGAGGCUGCUCAGGGAGCCGGGGCUACUGGCGGUGCAGGGGCUGCCCGAGGGCCUGGCCUUCCGGAGGCCAGCAGAGUAUGACCCCAAGGCACUCAUGGCCAUAUUGGAGCACAGUCACCGAAUUCGGUUUAAGCUCAGGAGGCCUCCUGAUGACGGUGGGCAGGACACGAAGGCGCUGGUGGAGAUGAAUGGUAUCUCUCUGCUACACAAGGGGUCCCGAGACUGUGGUCUGCAUGGCCAGGCCUCCAAGGUCGCUCCCCAAGACCUGACCCCCACCGCCACCCCAUCCUCUAUGGCCAACUUCCUGUACAGCACUUCGAUGCCCAACCACACCAUCCGGGAACUCAAGCAGGAGGUGCCAACCUGCCCGUUGACCCCCAGCGACCUGGGCAUGGGCUGGCCAGUGCCUGAGCCCCAUGUCCCCAGCACCCAAGAUUUCUCUGAUUGCUGUGGACAGACGCCUGCAGGGCCUGCUGGGCCUCUCAUCCAGAAUGUCCAUGCUUCCAAGCGCAUCCUCUUCUCCAUCGUCCAUGACAAGUCAGAGAAGUGGGAUCCCUUCAUCAAGGAAAUGGAGGACAUCAAUACCCUGCGGGAGUGCGUGCAGAUUCUGUUUAACAGCAGAUACGCGGAAGCCCUGGGCCUGGACCACAUGGUCCCUGUGCCCUAUAGGAAGAUUGCCUGUGACCCCGAGGCUGUGGAAAUUGUGGGUAUUCCAGACAAGAUCCCCUUCAAGCGACCCUGUACUUACGGAGUGCCGAAGCUGAAGAGGAUUCUGGAGGAGCGACACAGCAUUCACUUCAUUAUCAAGAGAAUGUUCGAUGAGCGCAUUUUCACAGGGAACAAGUUUACCAAAGACCCCAUGAAGCUGGAGCCAGCUAGCCCACCAGAAGACACUUCCACAGAAGUCUGUAGGGACAGCAUGCUGGACCUGGCUGGGACUGCUUGGUCAGACAUGAGCAGCGUCUCUGAAGACUGUGGGCCAGGAACCUCAGGAGAGAUAGGAAUGUUGAGGCCCAUCAAAAUCGAGCCAGAGGAGCUGGACAUUAUUCAGGUUACUGUCUCAGAUCCUUCACCUACCUCUGAGGAGAUGACUGACUCGCUACCUGGGCAUCUGCCCUCAGAGGAUUCCGGUUAUGGGAUGGAAAUGCCAGCUGACAAAGGCCCCAGUGAAGAACCGUGGUCAGAAGAGAGGCCGGCCGAAGAGAGCCCUGGUGAUGUGAUCCGGCCCCUACGGAAGCAGGUGGAGAUGCUGUUCAACACAAAAUAUGCCAAAGCCAUUGGUACCUCAGAGCCGGUCAAGGUGCCCUACUCCAAGUUCCUGAUGCACCCGGAGGAGCUGUUCGUACUGGGACUGCCUGAAGGCAUCUCUCUUCGGAGACCCAACUGCUUUGGGAUUGCCAAGCUGCGGAAGAUUCUGGAAGCGAGCAACAGCAUCCAGUUUGUCAUCAAGAGACCCGAACUGCUCACUGACGGUGUCAAAGAACCUGUUCUGGACACUCAAGAGAGGGACUCCUGGGACCGUCUUGUGGACGAGACCCCGAAGAGACAGGGCCUUCAAGAAAAUUACAACACCAGACUCUCGCGGAUCGACAUCGCCAACACGCUUAGGGAACAAGUCCAAGACCUGUUUAACAAGAAAUACGGUGAAGCUCUGGGCAUCAAAUACCCAGUGCAGGUGCCCUACAAGCGAAUCAAAAGCAACCCAGGCUCGGUAAUCAUUGAAGGCCUACCCCCCGGGAUCCCAUUCCGCAAACCCUGCACCUUUGGCUCCCAGAACCUGGAAAGGAUUCUCUCUGUGGCUGACAAGAUCAAGUUCACGGUCACCAGGCCAUUCCAAGGACUUAUCCCAAAGCCUGAAACCAAAAUUCUCACUACAGGACAUGAAGCUGGAAAAACCACCAGACCAAGGAGACUGCAACAGGACACCUGGCAGCCAGACGAGGAUGAUGCCAACAGGCUGGGGGAGAAAGUGAUCCUCCGAGAGCAGGUGAAGGAGCUCUUCAAUGAGAAAUACGGUGAGGCCCUGGGACUGAAUCGGCCUGUGCUGGUCCCUUACAAACUGAUCCGGGACAGCCCAGAUGCCGUGGAGGUGAAGGGCCUCCCUGAUGACAUCCCCUUCCGGAACCCCAACACCUAUGACAUCCAUCGGCUGGAGAAGAUCCUGAAGGCCAGGGAGCAUGUGCGGAUGGUCAUCAUCAACCAGCUCCAACCUUUUGGGGACGUCUGCAACAAUGCCAAGGUGCCAGCCAAAGACAACAUUCCCAAGCGCAAGAGAAAGAGGGUCUCUGAAGGCAACUCAGUCUCCUCCUCUUCCUCCUCUUCAUCUUCGUCCUCCAACCCAGAGUCUGUGGCAUCCACCAACCAGAUCUCCCUCGUGGUAAAGUCACGCGGAUCCGAACUUCACCCUAAUUCUGUGUGGCCUUUGCCCCUUCCUCGGGCAGGGCCAUCCACAGCUCCAGGAACUGGGAGGCACUGGGCUCUGAGAGGGACUCAGCCAACCACAGAGGGGCAGGCACAUCCACUCGUUUUGCCCACAAGAUAGACGGAGGGUCCGCGCAAUCAGCGCAGUGCUUGAAGUGCGGGUAUCACCUGCGAUGUGUAUAAAUGAGGUCAGCAGGAGCCAGAGGGGGAAGGUCACGUGACAGAACUCAACCUCCAUCAUCUGUCGGCCACAUUGCUUGCUUUGGCCCUUUCCUGAUUCAGAGGAACUCAUGUAAAAAAAAACAAAAACAAACAAAAAAACCCACCCAGGGUGUGGUGUCUUACAUCCUCGGUCCCAGUAGUGGAAGGGGGAAGAUCGGCAGUUCAAGGCUUUCUGGGGCAAUAUGGAGACUCUGUCUCAAAAGAAAACUGGCAAAACGGAGGCAGAGGGUGUGGCUUAGUCAGCAGGGUACUUGCUUUGCAUGCGAAGCCCUGGGUUCUAUUCGCAGCACCACAUAAACUGGACCUGGUGCUACACGCCUGGGAUCCUAACACUGGAGAGGUAGAGUCAGGAGAAUCAGAAGUUCAAGGUUAGCCUCAGCUACAUAGAAAGUUUGAGGCUAGCCUGGGCUACAUGAGACUGCUUCGAGAAAAAGGAAUGAAGGAAAGAAAAGCUGUUUUGUUGUUGUUUUUUGUUUUUGUUUCUUUCAUUUUUUUCUAUCAUUGACUCCCUCCCUUCACCCCAGGAGGUGAGAUAGUGUCUGUGGGGUGAGACUGUGUGAAUCAUGGUUUCCACUCAUGCUGACGCAGCCCUCAAUGGUGUCUAAACCAUGUAUUGAACACAGGUGGGGACAAUCAGUACAUUCCACCUGUGUGACCUCGGGCAGGUCUCUUUCCCUCUCUGGGCCUCAGUGGCUGCAUAAUAAGUACCAUUUGAAUUCAUCCUCAAAGAAAGCGUGCUAAUUAUUCUGGGAGUUCCUCCGUGUCACCUGGAGUCCUAACGUGGUCCCUCUGUCCCCUCCCCCCCUCUCUCUAGCAGUGGCCAGUGUACAUGGUGGACUAUUCCGGACUAAACGUGCAGCUUCCGGGCCCCCUUGAUUAUUAGACCUCAGAGCCGAAUCAGGACCUCAACUCAAAAGACUAAAGGAAAAUGUAAUUUAUGUACAAAGUAUAUUCGGAUAUGUAUCAAUGCCUUUUAGUUUUUCCAAUGAUUUUUACACUAUAUUCCUGCCGCCAAGGCCUUUUUAAAUAAGUAAAGAAAAUGAAAAAGAA